AUUUUUGACGCCCGCCCCUUUGUCCUUGCCAUUGUACACAACCAAUUAUUCUGGGCAUUGCAGGAACCCCGCAUCUGACCUUUCAAUGCUUGGAGUUUCUUCUAAAAUAGCAACAAUUGCUCAGCCCUGCUUAGUCAUCUACCCUGAACCCGAAAAGGCGCAAGCGGAGAAUCCCUGAAAAUCGAUCGACGAGAAGACUGACCAGGGGAUUUGCAUGGUGACAAGCAUUUCCCUCCUGUUCCUCAAGCCGGAGCUGGUCUCCCCAUGCCUUUUGGAGAUUGACGAUGAGUUCGUUCCACAACUUGGUGCUACAGGCAAAGAAGGCGCGCGCUGUCAUCAAUUACAGAGGAAGGAAGUCGGAUGCCAAGAAGAAUAAUCUGUCCAAGCAUGCUGCAGGCUCAUCAUCAGUGUCCUCGUCAGUUGUGGAGCUAGUUCCGACGUCUUCCCCCUGGGAUCUCCUCCCAGUCGAGAUUCAGAUCAAGAUAUUCGCCCACUGCGGUGUCACGGACUUUCUGCCCUUAAAGCUUGUCUGCAAAUCAUUCUAUCUACUGCUUAACUCGCAGGAACAAUGGAUCACCCGGCAAUACCUCCGUCAACGUCGCCAUGGAACACUCCCCUCCCCGAUAGAUAGCGAAAGGACCUAUACUCGGAACCCGGAGGAUGAUGCAGUAUUGCUAUCAGAUUUGUUUCCACCCGCGAAGAGCGCUAAGGGUGGCCACAUAUACACUUUCAAGUAUAUAUCCGGCCUGCGUCGCCGGCAGACGCUUUGUACAAGACUUUGCUGCUACCUCGCGGACCGUGUCAUGGACCGGUUUGUGCACAGCGAACCGGCGUUCAUGAAAUCCAUGUUUGCUUCCAAAGCCGAUCGCUGCGUCUUCGUGCAAAGGACGACUGCGCGCUUAUGGUUUCAUCUCACUCCACUCAUGUAUUAUGCUCUAUACUUCCUUGAGACAUAUGCUCUUGCCAGGCGAGAGCAGACUAAUGUUCUCCUGCGUGACUGGGAAGCUGGACGCUUGCCAGUUCCUGUACCCCCACACAUCCGUAGAGCCAUGUACCGGGACUUGCAAGUAAAGAUAAUCAGAUCACCUCCUUUUACUGACACCCCUACCCUCAUAGCCACGCAUCACUGCAUGCAACUUCUAGUCUCAUACUUGCGGUAUACUGUACCACCGGAUGAGCCUACAGUUUCGGAUGACAGUUGGAUUGGAUCCUUGCUUACAGUGUCGCCAUUCCUCCGAAUAGUGGAGUACUUCUCCGCUGAAAUCGGAGAUGGCGGCAAUCAGCGGAUGCAGCGAAAGGACUUCAUGCACAAUUUUCAUAACGAUAUCACCCUAAAUGAAAAGGACGACAUCAACAUGUUGGUCUUCCAGAAUGUCCCGAACGUGCAUUUGCAUGGUUCCGUGGAAGAUGUCUGGUUCGAUGUUGUGAAGGAGGAAUUGGCUCUAAGAAAGGCGGCGCCGCAUCAUGCAGAGCGCGUCAUGGUUUGGACAGGGUUGCCUGUCCUGUUCAGCUGCCAAGACUGUCGAAUUCCAGAUGGAUGGCGUGCAUAAUGCAUUCUGUCAGUUUAGCAAGCAUUGCAUUCUUUGCAUUCACAAGGCAAGGCGUUUCAUAGGGGUUUUGGUGUACUCCAUGGCGAAGAAUAUAUCCAUCUUCAUGGCAUGAGCUCUUUGCUCGUCUAGGUGUUACUCUUUUGACAUAACAAAUUUUGCAGCGGCUACUACAAAUGAAUGGAGAUUUCUAUUAUCU